AUGGCGCUGGAUCUUGACGAAGGAUACGUGGCACGUGGCCUCACUCAAGGCGACGUCGAGACUACGCUGCCCAUCUUCAAUGUUGAACGAGUUCAGUUGCAGUUCAACAUCGCCUCGGAUUUCGUGGCGGGCCAAGUUGCCAACAAUGUCCUGAUCCUUGCUCUCGCUACUGGUCGGAUCCUUCGUAUAGACCUAGAAAGUCCCUCAGAUAUCGACGAUGUCGACCUUCCAAAGAAGAUCAGUGAGGUCGGCCUCAUACGACGCAUGUUCCUCGACCCCUCCGCAUCCCACCUCAUUAUCAGCACCACCUUGGGAGAGAAUUUCUACCUCCAUAGCCAGUCAAAACAGCCGAAAGCUCUGUCAAGAUUAAAAGGAGUAUUAAUCGAAGCCAUUGCUUGGAAUCCUUCUCAGCCUACUGCCUCUACACGCGAGAUCCUUGUCGGUGCUACAGACGGAAAUGUGUACGAGAUAUACAUUGAGCCAGCAUCGGAAUUCUAUCGGAGGGAGGAAAGGUACUCUGCCAAUGUCUGGAAGAUACCUGAUGGCGCAGUAACGGGCCUCUGGGCCGAGACUAUCGAGGGAAAGUCGGACUUACGAAGAGUGAUUGUGGCAUCUCACUCUAGACUAUGCCAUUGGAUUGGUAAGACCGGUGGAAAAGGAAAAGAAGGCUCCGCCUCGAUAUAUGCCGAUCUGUUCUCGAAAGAAGCACCUAUCACGUACGAUACGACCGGUGCUUCCUCCACCGCACCCUCGUCCUUUUCAGUAUCGCCAGAAUCAGAUGAUCCGGGGACCGACUCUGAAAGAAGUUUUGCUUGGCUAUAUUCUCAAGGCGUGCUUACAGGGAAGCUCUCAACGUCGCCAACAACCUCCAAUCUCGGAACCAAGAUUUUCAGCGAGACCAAAUUACACCCUCGAUCAGUGUUUCCAGAAACUAUGUCCGCUAGAGGCGGACGCAAACUCAUUCAGGACCCCGUUGCAUCCACCAUUUUGUCGCAAUGGCACGUUUUAGCUCUUGCGGAAGGUAGAGUUGUCGCAGUCAAUCGGCUUGACGGCAGUGUCGUAUAUGACCAAGUGGUGCUGGAACCUGGGCAGAGUGCUCUUGGGCUAGUCUCGGACCAGAAGAAGAAUACUUACUGGCUUUUCACCACUCAGGAAAUAUUUGAGGUGACAGCUACCGAUGAAGAACGAGACAUCUGGAAGAUCAUGCUCCAGAACCAAGACUACGAUGCUGCUUUGCGGUAUGCCAAAGGAUCUACACAAAAAGAUUCUGUUGCGACCGCCUCGGGCGACUAUCUCUCGAAUAAAGGCCAGUACAUGGACGCAGCAAGCGUAUGGGGCAAAAGUAGCAAAGCCUUCGAGGAGGUGUGCCUGUCAUUGAUCGACAACGGACAGGAAGACGCGCUGAGAAGGUAUCUCAUGACAAAGUUGGGCGUGUACAAGAAGUCGUCGACGAUGCAACGGGUCAUGAUUGCGACAUGGCUCAUCCAAAUAUUCAUGGCCAAGUUGAACUCCUUGGACGACAUGGUGGCUACCAAAGCAGAACUCCUGGAGAAUACCGAUGCCGGCGGCGCAAAACGUGAUCUGGACCAAACCCGGGCUGACUAUCAAGACUUUGUGACCAAGUACAAAUCUGAUCUGGACGCGAAAACGGUGUACGAGGUGAUCUCAAGCCAUGACCGAGAAGAGGAACUCUUAUUCUUCGCCAAUACCAUCACCGAUUAUGACUACGUCCUGUCAUACUGGGUGCAGCGAGAAAAGUGGAAUGAAGCACUUUCCGUGUUGAACAAGCAAAGCAAUCCGGAGACAUUCUAUCGAUACAGCAACGUACUCAUGACACACGUACCGACUGGCUUUGUGGAGAUUCUCAUGCGACGAAGCAGUAUUGAUGCACAAAAAAUGAUUCCAGCGCUGCUCACCUAUAACGAAACAGCCAAUGUUCCCUUGGCCCAGAACCAAGCAGUCCGGUACUUGAACUUUGUGGUGACGAGCAAUUUCGAGGUGCCAGCCUCGGUGCAUAACGCACUUAUCUCAAUCAUGGCCUCUCAUCAAUCUCCCUCAGAAAGUGCGUUGUUGGGCUACCUCGAAACCCAGCCUUCUCCUCCGUUGUAUGACGCAGAUUUCGCACUGAGGCUUUGCAUUCAGCACGAUCGAGUACAGUCCUGCGUGCACAUCUACAGCGCGAUGGGGCAAUACCAGCAAGCAGUCGAACUCGCUCUGCAACAUGAUGAUAUUGAUCUGGCAGCCAUUGUCGCGGAUCGUCUUGAAGGCAAUGACAGACUACGAAAGAAACUGUGGUUACUGAUUGCCGAGAAGAAAAUCAAAGAGGCUGCGUCUAUUAAAGAAGCCAUCAAUUUCCUCAAGCGAUGCGAACUGCUGAAGAUUGAAGAUCUGAUUCCGUUGUUCCCGGAUUUUGUGGUCAUUGACGACUUCAAAGAAGAAAUCUGUGAAGCCUUGGAAGAAUACUCUCGACACAUUGACAGCCUCAAGCAGGAAAUGGAUCUGUCGCAACAUACCGCCGAACAGAUCAAGGCGGAGAUAGCGGCACUGGACCGUCGGUAUGCCAUCGUGGAGGCUGGGGAACGAUGCUGGAUUUGCACGUUACCGGUCCUGAGUCGACAAUUCUUUGUGUUCCCAUGUCAACAUGCCUUUCACAGUGACUGUUUGGGCAAGAGAAUACUGGAAAAUUGUGGGUCUAGUAAACGCAAGCGGAUCAAGGACCUACAAACCGAGGUCAACCAAGGAUUGAGUAUUGGCCCACAGCGCCAGAAGCUCGUGCAGGAAUUGGAUGGUUUGGUGGCUGAGCAGUGCGUUCUCUGUGGAGAUCUGGGCAUCAAACAAAUCGACGAACCAUUCGUCCAUGCCGGCGACGACACCGAAGCAUGGGCUAUAUAG